AACGAGCAUUUCAACCAUGGGGGCUAAGUGCACUUCACUCAAAGUUGUAUAAAUUGAGGCAACCUAGAUCAGAGAAAACAGUACAGCUAAGUGCCUGAACGACAGAGAAACAAUUCAGAAACUAUCAGGUAAGAAUACGUGUUAAGUAUAAAUUAUGUUGCUUUAUUUUCGUGCUUGGGAUAUUGGUUAUAUUCAAUAAUACGAUUGCUGUAUUGGCUGUUUAUGAGACAUGGCUUAUAUUAAUUCUACGAUUAGAAGACAGUGAAAUGCAUAUACAUGGCUACGAAAUUGUUCGUCGUGAUAGCGAUUCUAACGGUAGAUUAGGCGGAGGUGUUUGUUUCUAUUCGCAAUUGCACUAAUUUUUGGUUCGGUUUGGCAUCAUUUGAACAAUUGAAAAAUUUGUGCAUUUUAGUUUGUAUACCUAACUCGAAGGCUUUUCGUAUUACCACUUGGUAUAGGCUACCAAAUUUGCCCGUAAUAAAGUUUCAUAAUUUUGAAACACAUUUAGGUAUACUUAAUUCCGAAAAUCUCGAGUAUAUUAUCUAAUGUGUGACUUCAAAUAAUAUAUGAGCUCUACAGUCUUAUAGCAUAGUCUUAUACCAUAGUUACGCAUGGAUAUUCCUGAUUUAUAGAAUCUUUCUCAACUUACAAAUGAACCCACUCGAAUAUAUCACAGACUCCUGCUCAACAUUGAUUGAUUACAUCUUUACAAAUACUACUGAUAAAGUUGUUUCCUUUGGUGUCUCUCAUGUUAGAACCAGCAAUCACAGUUUAUUUGUGUUUUUCGUAAGCUUUCUGUUGGUAUACUGCAAGGGCACAUUCUACAAUAAACUACAGAAAGUUUGAAAAUCCUAUCAAAAUCCUAUCAAAUUUCCCAAUGAUAUAUUAGUCUACAGAAUUGGAGCCAUAUGAAUGAGUAUGAAAAUCCUAAUGAUAUGUGGUAUGUUUGGGAAACUACAUUCAAUUUUGUUGUAGAUUAGCACCCUCAACUUCGCACAAAGCGUAUCAAGCCUUGGAUUACAUCUCUUUUAAAAUAUCUAACGAGAUAUCCAAAAAAAUUCGUUCUUACGAUCCACAAAAUUUGCUUUCUCUUAGGAAAAUACGCAAUUCUGUUAAGUUAACCUGCAUGCAUUUUUUCGCGCAAAAGAAAUCUAUUUCAAAAAUUAUUUAUGUGAAAACAAAAACAACCCUAAAAAGACUUGGAGGAAUAUUAUUAAUGAACUUAUAAGAAUCAGAGAAAUGCUCACAUUAGUGAAAUUAAUUUGAAUGGUAACUUAAUUAUUCUGAUAAAAUUGCUGAUGCGUUUAAAUAUUAUUUUUCAAACAUUGGUCCUGACCUUGCAGAUAUAAUAACGAUAUCAGCCGGUUUUAUCUUAAUUAUUUAUCUAAUCAAAAUAAUGAUUAUUAUGCCAUACUUUCCAACUGAGGGAAAUCAAUUCUUCAACUGUUUGCACUGUUUUGUUCUCGCUAAGUAGGUCUAAAGCAACGGGUUUAGACAAAAUAUCUGCCAGGUUACUUCGAGGUGCUCUGGUUUAAUUACAGAAUGCCUUUGUCUCAUUUUUAAUCGCUCUAUUACCACAGGCAUAUUCCCAAACGAAUGGAAAUGCGCAAAAGUGGUUCCAAUAUACAAACAAGAAAAACGUAAUUGCGUUGAUAUCCAUCGUCCUAUUUUUAUUGUCCCUGUUGUUGCUAAGGUUUUCGAAAGAUCUAGAAUAAUUUUCGAUCCGGUGAAUACAUUUCUAUCUCAAAAAAGAUUGUUAAGUAAUUGUCGGUCAGGAUUUCGUGGUUUCCAUUCAACUGUCACCGCUCUUCAUGAGGUCACUAAUGAUUGAGCUUAAUUAUAAUAUUGACUGAGAAAUAUAAAUGCUGUUAUGUUUCUUGACGUCACGGAAGCGUUUGACACAGUAAAUCAUGAAAUAUUGUUAGGCAAACUAAAUUAUAUGGACUUAUGUAAGGGAAUUGCUGGUAAUUUGUUAAGAUCGAAUCUCAAUUAUGAACGUAAUCAAAAACCUUUUGUCAAUGGACAUUUCUCGGCAAGUCGUUUACUUCGAUGUGGAGUUCUUCAAGGAACUAUAUUAGGCCGGCUCUUAUUCUUAAUAUUCUUAAACUGCAUUAAUCACCUUCCCAAUUGUCUUUCGCAUUCCCGUGCACACGCAUGCUUGCUGAUGACACUAAUUUUACGUAUGCAAGUUAUAACUUUAAAUUAUGCCAAUGUCAGAGAAUUGUUGUCAGCAAAUAGACUUCUUUAUAAACCAGACUAAAACAGAAUUUAUGCUAAUUUGCUCUCGCAAAAGAAUUAACACUUUCGCACUACUCAUUCGUUAGCAAUCAAUAACAAUGCAAUUAAACAAGUGUCUCAUACAAAGUAACUUGGCACACAUAUUGAUGAAAACUUAUCUUGGAAUGUUCCAAUUGAAUAUAGGUGCACUAAAACGCAUAGGGCAUUAUGUUCCUUUCUACACAAUGCGACUUAUUUGCAAUUGCUUAGUCCAACCCCAUUUCGACUACUGUUACGUCGUUUAGGAUAGCUGCGGUUGUACUUUAGCGGAUAAAAGAACUGAUUACAAUAACUACAAAAUUGUGCUGUCAAAGUACUGACGUCGUCUAGCUACCAUACAAAUGCCGAUUCUCUGUUUGGAGAACUUUGUUGGGAAAAGCUUGCAUCUCGGCGUAGUUGAAAAAGGCUGCAUCUUGCAUCACAGCGCAUGGUGUAUAAAUCCUUGAAUGGUCUUGCACCAGAUUACCCUUAAAAAAUGUUUGUUGAAAUGGUAAGACACCAGUGGGAAAUUAGCUUUGCCUCAACCGCAUAUCAUCUACUUCAAAAAUAGUUUUUUCUGCAUGUGGACCCCUUUCCUGCCGAGUUACGGAUCGGAAGGUCAGUUCUUUAUUGAUCUAAAUUCAAGUUUGCUAAAGCAACCUCAUUCAAUAACUUUAAAUACUUUGCCCAUAUUAUUAAUUGCACAGUACUCAUGGAAAACAGGUAGCUAUGUAAAUAUGUAUAUGUAUAAAUUGUUACAUGUAAUUUUCCUUUCUUGCUAUUCAUUUUAUCAGAAGGAGUAAAUGUAAAAUCCUGAUGAGUAGAUUUUUAAGCGAUAAUGUUAAUUAAAUUUGAUUUCUAUUUUUAUCUGGGUCGAAAAGUGUGUUUUCAUACGGCCUCCAGAGCGAAAUUUCGAGUAAAGCGAAAUGCGGGUAAAACAUUGUUACUCACAAUUGUACGCGUUUACAAGCAGGUGAAUCCUCAGGUCAUAGCUAAAGGAUUCCGUCGGCCCAUAGAGUUCACCUUCCGGAUUUGUUCCUUUGUUUCUAUUUGUUUCAUGCGUAUAUGUCCGUCGUUCUGUAUGGAUAGAUGGAUAGAUGGAUAGAUGGUUUAUUGAACUUUAGAACUUCACAGCUGAAUUACGCUAAGUUUAACAGAUAUAAGAUAUUAGGAAUAUAUGCUGUCAACCCUAUUUACAUUUAAGAAUAUUAAAAAAACAAAUCGAUUAUCUAAAAUAUAUAUUAGAAUUGUACAUGAUAAAACUAUCAUUAAGUCUGUUCGUUUUACACACAGGAAGUUCAAAAUUUCUAUAAUUCCUUAAAAGAUGAUCGUCAAUAUUUAAUGGCGGAAGGAAGUCGUAUAAGUUAUGAUGUAAGUUGCUGGCUAUUUCGUUAAACAACUUCGUUGUUAAUUUUUGUCUUCGAUCGUUCAGUGACAAAAUGUUCUUGGUCUCCAAGACAUCUUUGUAGUUCAAUCAGGAAAAAUUAUGCGAAAAGCACGUUUUUGAAGUUUUUCUAAGUCAUCGGAUAGGUACUGCGGCAGCGAGUUAUGGAAUACUUCGCACGCGUACUCGACAACUGGACGAAUACAGGUGAUAUAAAACAGGACCAGAUCGUUGGGUGGCAAUUUGGCACGCUUUAAUUAUCUUAGAAAAUAUAGCCGUGUUGAUACCUUUUUACAAGUAUUCGAAAUAUGAGUGUUCCAUUUGAGAUCAUUAGAGAUGGUAAGGCCCAAUAAUUUUGUGGAUGUUACAACCUCAACAUUUUUACCAUUAAUAUUUAUAGGCUCAAAAACUUUGUUAGGCCUAGAAAAGCUUAUUUGGAGCUCUUUGCAUUUGGUUUCUUUUUAAUUGGAGACCAUCUGCAAUUGACUUUCUGGCAAAUUCGUCUACAUAAUUUUGUAUUAAACUUGAGCCAUUUCUACUUACGGACUCAGACAUAGUUGUAUCAUCAACAUACUUCCACAGACCGUCAACACCAGAUACAUUUCGAUCGUUUAUCAUUAUUACGAAGAGCCAGGGGCCUAACUUCGUGCCUUGAGGGACACCUGCGGGUACAUCACUCCACUCUGAGAAGCAGUCAUUACUGUAUGGCGCGCGAUAAUUGUUGAACAGUUUGCGCGAAUGCAUUUUAGCGCCAGAAAUUUACUUGGGUGCAAGCAUUUUGCAAAUAUUUUACUUCUCUACGUGAUAUAGAGUGAUUGCCACAUGUAGGUGUAUAGCAACUGCAUUCUCCCUUACCUGUUUGCCGAUGGUAUUUCGGAAUCGACCGCUAAAAAUUCUGUAUGGAACAUUGGUGUUUUUUACACUUCACAUAUAGGCCUAUUAGACAAUUCGGCGUUGUUAGCGCAAGUAGCAAUAUUAAAUGAGAAAUUAUUCGUAAAAAUCGUCAAGGCCUUCCGCUUUAAGAUAUUCAUUUUCCUAUACUGUAGGUCGUCAGCAUGCCGUUUACAAAAUUUUCACCAGAAAUAUGUUAUCAGAUGAGUAAUAGUUUUUGCGGUGGGAGAAAACAAUCGUGCAAAAUAUUCUAGUUUGCAAAAUCUAUUAAGUUUCUUUUCCGAAUCUCAUUUUUCUUGUAUUAACACGGCCAUUUAUUUUUUCGCCUAGAAAUUAAUUGAUAUUCAACAAGUACUAAAAUGAGGACCAUCUUCCUAAUUGCCUUGGUAACGUCAGCCAUUCUCAUAAUAACUCAGGCCCUUAGUUGUCCGAAAUGUGACUCUGGGUUGGUCAAGUGCACCGCAAUUCAUAAACUGAAUUGCAAAGGUGGACUUGUUGCUGGUGUAUGUGGUUGUUGUGCUGUGUGCGCCAAAGUCAAGGGGGAGGAUUGCGGAGGACCUUUUAACAUAACUGGAAAAUGUGAUUGCGGUUUGAAAUGCUUGAAAAACCCAAAGGAUAUCGUAACCGUGGGAGAAUUUAAUGCUAAAGGAACGUGUGUACCAAGGUAAGAUUGUUGUGCAGUAUUCCAUGCUUGAAUGGUUUUGGCAGAUGGAAAUGUGGAGCGGAGGAUUAUAUACAAUUUUCAGACCUAACCAAGAGAAGCUGUGAAAAUUGCAACUAAUGGACCCCUGGCAGGAAUCGUACCUGCGGUUCUGCGAUCCAGUGGAGAACGUUCACCAUGAUUGGGAUACAGAAUAUUGGGAGUUCUAUCGGGCGAGGUGUCCUAAAUCGUGAUAUUUACCCUUACCUUGUACUGGUAUCGUCCACUAUAUAUUUUCCUAAAUUAGUGUUCAACUCUGCUCAACUGGGAUAUGUAGCUCACGGUACUGUAGAUACUUCACUUGACUCUUAUAAGUUUUUGCGCCGUAAUAAUCGAGCUUAGCUUAUUCUACGUAAGUAAUGUCCAUAUCAGGCGGUGGAGGGAGGUGGUAAUAUCUUGAUAUGGCCCAAACCCGGGGUUAGGGGCGUGGUGGGGUGGGGUAGGAUCAAUCCGAUACACCAUAAUAAAGGCCAUAUGAAGUAUGUCUAGCUCAGUUGGUUAAUUAAACAACUGCAUCGGAAUUGUAGGCCCGCAGUUGCCCGAAACAAGGGAGGGGGCGAAGUUAUAUUGUCCGCGUUUUUACUUUAUCUUUGCCAAAAUCGAAUAUUGUUAAACAAUUCAAACGCGCUGACCUAUAGCUCAAACCUGAUUGGACAAGUAAACGAACUAUUUAAAAUAUAUUUGUUCAGUCGUUGUACAAUUGUUGUUGAAUUGUUUAACGAUUUCCGCUGUUUGCCCAGAUGAACUAAGACGGGGAUAAUUUAGUUAUACAUAUUUAUCACUUAUUAACUGAGACCAAAGGAAACAGUGUGUUUUGUGGACCCGCGACCGGUCGAGCGGCCACAAAACAUACUGCUUUCCCGAGGUCUCAGUAAAUAAGUGUUUUGUUUUGUAGUAUAUAAGUGUCAAAGGAUGAAUAAUUCACCGUUUACUGAAGUGAACUUAUUUUAAACCAAAACUGAAUAAAUGGAACAUUGUAUAAAUCUUUAAUAAAAAGUUUAAAACAUGAACUUUGGAACUUCGUGGUUGACACGCAUGCGUAUUGUACCCAUUUUAUUAUUGGCCGGUCGAUAAAUGUUUCAUUGUGGACCGGUUGCUUCCUUGACAAAGCACACAGUGAACAUGGCGUUUUGUAGACCGGCACGUGAUACGGUUUUGACCAAUCGGCAAACAGAAAAAUUGAACUUUGACACUAACUACAUAACAAGUAUUCUUCAUGACUAUACAAAUUUUACUCGAAUGAAAUACAUUAAAAGCCAAAAAUGGACAAUAGUUUACGGUUAAGUAUACGAAUUAAAGGGAUUUCGCGCGCCAUUCUUUCCUUCCUUCCCAUUUUAAAGGAAGGUUAGGGUUGGUGCAUACAAAGGCUGGAUGCGGACUACACGCAGAGCGUGGGCUGUAUGUUCUUUAAAUAGUAUGCACAACCUGACUGUUGUUUGCCAUAAUAACGAAAUAUAUUCACUGCCUUGCCCCCAAGCGCUAUAAAAGGUUUACAUGAAGUACUGCGUCACAAUGUAGGCGCGAACGGAAUGGGAUAUGAGCGUUCUGGUUAGCGCCUUGCCGAUCUUGUAUAAUAGCUGUCGAACAUAAAGGAAAUAAACAGCAGAUGUAAAUAUAAAUGCCUUCAUGUAUAUCACCAGAAAGAAAUAAAGCUAUCCUUAUACCUGAAUUAUUCCAAAUAUUGUCGAUCGUUUGCAUCGUGAAAAUCAAACAUACUGCGUGCAAAUAAGCUCGUAAUUGAAAUCCUCAGACGAAGAAAGGACACAAAUCCCCUAGCCGCUCCUCAAUUUUCGCUGCCUCAAGCCCAUAAACCCCUGCGCUUAUUCGUCGCAAUGCACUACUUCAUGCAAACCUUUCAUAGAGUGACUCACAAAAAAAAUUUUAUUAGCGCCUGGGGACGAUCGAGGCAGGUAUAUUCAGUAAUUGCUUUAUUUCUUCUUUAACGAUCAUUGGAAUUUCUUUUCCUUUAGCAAAAAAUGAACUAACAAGUUGGCUGAAUAAAGAAACUGAUAAUUAUAUACUUGUAGCAAUAAAUUCAUUACAUUAUAAUUAAUUUAUAGUUAUAACAGAUAUCAGUAAACAAUACAAAUAAAUCG